UAUAUAUAUCCUGCCUCGCCGUUGCCUAAGGAUUUGGAAAUGAGGACUAAAUGUACAUUACCAUAAAUGCUCUGUCACAAGAAGCAACACCUUCCGUCAUAUGCACAUACCACGCUUCCUGCCUCAAUGUACUUUGACUACACUGCUGUCAUCCAAACCCUGGAUAACCCGAUCGAUCCAUUCAUGUGGGUCAUUAGAUGCUGAGAGUCACACGGCAAUCUCCACACUUCACCCAACACAUGCAUGGAUGAAAAGUGAGAACGGGCAAUACGCACCGCGGGCUUUUUCUGAUGCAUCACGAUCUUGUCUUGAUUUGCGACUUACUUUUCUCGGAUGGAAACUGCUUUGUUCCUUUUUGAUAUUUGAGACAGCAAGCGGUAGCUGCUAUAAGCCAGCAAACGGGGGCGAUAGACAUCAGUUUCUCCUUUUUUUUUAUGCAGGCACAACCCAUCGGACAACCCAUGAACGCGAUAUAGCUGCCAGGCCGGCUGGCGACGGAAACUGGUCAUGCACAACAAACAUUAUCAUUCCACGCAUCCGUCAUAUCUUGUCCUGGAAUGAACUAAACAACAACGCAGAGAAUGCUAUCAUCUCUUGCAUUUCGCCCAGCGCCUUUCACGCAAUAAAGUCGGUUUGGAAGGGAAUGUGGGAUUGCACCGAGUUAGCGCGCCGAACCAGUGAGUUCAAGGCAGAAUGAAAAUAUAUCAAAACCAUCCCACGAAUCGCAGGGUCAACGCACCCGUCCACGGACGUAAGAGUGACGAAGACCCAGAAGUGUUGGCGAGAUAAUCAAUCGAGCGUGGCCAACCCGUGUCGGAGCAGGCCAUUCAUGCAAAGCACAGGUUUUCCGGGGCCCACGAUGCGGGAGUAUAGAGAAAAAGGAAAGAAGAUAUUAUCAAUAACCGUAAUAAUUUUUGUGAUCAAAGAUAACACCGCCACCAAGGAAUCACCCCACGAGGAGGCGACAGUCCAGCUCUCAGAAGAGCCCAGAAAGGGGGAACAGAACCAUGCGCUCGCCACUCACCUCGACAAGUUCAUUCGGAAUUCCGUUAACCGCCAAAUGAGCCC